AUGUCAAAUGGAACACCUGACACGCCUGAAGGCCAGAUGGGCUCGUCCAAGCGAUCCAGUUCACCUUCUUCCAUCGGUUCAUUGGAAGCGGUAGAUCGAGUCGAGGAAGACCUCAAUUUAACAGAAAGCUCCCGGGCUACUGGGUAUAUGGGCAAGAGCUCAGAGAUUACCUGGAUGGGCCGGGUGCAGGAAGAGGCAGAACAGCGCAAUCGCGGUCAAUCGCCAAAGGCCAUACCCAAAGACCACCCCGGUGACAAAAUUUCUCCAUCCACGGUCAACUACCAUGUUGAUGACCUUGGUGUUGAUGCACCUGGACCAGUGCAAAUGUAUUGGGUCCCUCCGCGACAGGUGGCAGAUAAUCUGUUUGAAACAUAUUUGGUCGCAGUUCAUCCGCAUUUCCCCAUCAUCAAUAGCACUCUGUUUUCCACCCAGUAUAGAGACUUCUUCGAUGAUAUAUUUUAUGCGGGUGAUAAAUGGAUGGCAAUAUUGAACAUGAUCUUCGCCAUUGCAACGGAAUUCUUAUAUAACAGUGAUGCGACACAGCGGAGGGACAUCAAAGACCACCUCUUCUACUUAACACGAGCUAGAAUGCUGAGCAUGGGCGGUGAUAGUUUAUUCGAACAUCCCGAUCUUCAGCAAGUGCAAAUAGAGGGCCUAAUUGCAUUUCACAUGCUAUCUACAAACCAGAUUAAUAGGGCGUGGAGAAUCUCAGCUCUAGCAAUUCGGUCAGCCACCUCCCUUGGCAUCAACCUGAAGAGCAGUUGCCAUAAAAUGCUGGGUGUGUCGAAGGAGAUAGGCUGCCGCAUUUGGUGGUGUCUUUACACGGUCGAACACACGCUAGGCUCAAUGACUGGUCGGGCAACCUCAAUUUCGACCAAUAUGUAUACCACCCAACUACCUCUUCCCUUUGACGAACAUCAUUUGUCCGAGCCAUCAGCUAGACUGCUUCUUGAUAACUUCGAUAUAAGAGAAAAACAAGUGGACAUGGCUAUGACUAGCCCACACAUUCGCUAUCCCGAUCGUCAACAGACUGAAGAUGCACUAGCUGGGCGCUCGUGGCUUCAAAGUCUGCCAGUCAAUUCCAGUCUUUAUUUCUUGUACUCCUGUGAUCUCACAGUCGUGAACCAAGAAAUCUUAGACCACGUUUAUUCAGCGGAGAGUGCGACGGUAUCAUGGGACGAUAUUAAGGGUAGCAUUAGUCGGCUGAAGGCAACCGUCGAUGCAUGGUUAUCGACUCUUCCACCCGGACUGGAUUUCACUUCUAUGAAAGAAGAAAACGAGAAGACCUACUGGGCAAAAACAAACUUGGCAUUCCACUACCAUAGCACACGCAUCGUGCUAGGUCGGCCAUGUCUCUGCCGACACAUGCCACAUCAGGAUGACAAACGACGGAGGAGUCUCGACCACCAAGGAUUUAGCCACGAAAUGGCUGUCAUGACCCUGGAAUCGGCUAUGAACAUGCUCGAUUUGUUGCCUGACGAGCCGAAUACUGCCCAUUUAUAUAAGUUUUGCCCAUGGUGGUGUUUCCUUCACUACAUAAUGCAGACAGCAACGGUCAUAAUUUUGGAGCUGUCGUUUCGCUGUGUGCACUUGCCAGGCCGAGAAAGCAGUCUGAUUCGGUCCGCGAAUAAAUCUGUCCGGUGGCUUCAUAUGAUGUCCACGCAUUGCAUCGCGUCACAUCGUGCAUGGCAACUUUGUGAAAGUGCAGUUCGUCGAUUGGUGUCUAGCAUGGGGUACGACGAUGGCGAGAUACCACAUCCUCCAAAUAAACAGGGUCAUAACCUGUCUGGUGAUCAUGUCGGCCCUGUGCAACCUUCACAGCGGGAUGGAGGCGUUGACGGUAAACAGGACUUGCCUUACAAUGGUCAAUAUCCAUCGUCAAUACUCUCUCAUGAAAGCCAUACCAUGAAUCAUUCCACCAAGGACGCGGAUCUCACGGGUUCUUGGGUGCCUGUAUCUUUAUCUACGCCAAGUACUCAAGAACAAACUGUAGGCGAUGGAAAUUUCCCUUAUGACCCAAUUAGCGAGGAGUUUAUUCGUUAUUUCUUUCCUUCGAUGGACGGAGAGGAAAAGCCGAGCGGCGAGAAUUAUCCAUUCUGA